AUGGAUCCCAAUGACCCUCUUCACAAAGUAGUCAACGCCUUCUUCGGACCUCAACCGACCGUGACGCGGAAACAGUGCGACGAUUUGGCCGUCGCUCUUGUCGGUGGGAUCGUCAUUCCCACGAGCAUCCAGGGUGCCUUCAGCUACACCGUCAUGGCGGGACCCAAUCUGACCAGGAUCGUGCAAUUUCGGGUUCACGACUCGGUCCUGAACAUGAUGGCCGUGAGUCUGGCCCAGAUGAUCCAUCCGCAACUCGUGCCGGCCUGCACCUACCACGGAAAGCUUGGCGGGUCGUCGCCAUUUUUGGUCUACGUGAUGGAAAAACUUUGCGGAUUUUCCUGGUUUCGCGUGCGGUCCCUGUGGAAUCUCCCCACCGGUCCGCCGCCGAUGAACCUGGUCUCACGACGGCGCAACACCGCGGUCGAUUUGGCGAGAUACUUCGCGGCGUCGUGGAAUUGUAGGCCGGCGGUACUCUCCAAUGCCGUCGAAGCCACGUACCACGAUCUCAUGCAGAAAUUGGAGCUCCUUUCCCAAGCCUUGCCCUCCCGAUUCAUGGACAGCCUGAGACGGGUCCGCGCCGAACUUCCACUGCUCUUUGCGCCGACGUACCCUCUGGUCCUGAGUCACGGUGACCUCAGCGAGUUCAACAUCUAUGUGGAUGUCAACACGGGACACUUGACUGGGAUCAUCGACUGGGCUGAGGCCUGCAUCCUUCCGUUCGGCAUUUCCCUGUGGAGCCUCGAGAACAUCCUCGGCCACAUGGACGCUCGAGGGUGGCACUAUUACGACAAUCACCACAUGCUCGGGGACUUGUUCUGGCAAACCUUUGAAGAGGCCGUCGGUGGAGUCUCCGAGGCCGACAGGCAGGCUAUCCGCGUGGCGAGGAUGGUGGGCUUCUUCCUGCGUUACGGUUUCGUACGAGAGAACGGGGUCCGACUGCUCCCUGCGAAGGAGUCGGAUUCCAGGCUGAGAUAUCUCGACACUUUCUGCAUGACAAUAUGA